CAAAAGAAAGCCUAUUCCAGUAUGCUUAAGCUGUGUGGACUUCAGUUUCUGCUUGUCAUUCACCUGGCAAUGUGCCAGAAUCUGGGGGACCUGCAUGUGUCUGGGCCUCUGAAGGACAUGAAUUUCUCUGUUCCAGAAGGAGGGGGAGUGCGCUUCAUUUACCAGUUCACAUCUGAGCCACCUGCUGUGAGUUUCCGAGCGACUGGUGAAAAAGAUGGAAUAAUUGAUAUUGUGCCAAGGACAGGCAUCCUGUAUCUCAAUGGGUCUCUGGACUGGGAGACCAAAGCAGUGCACAGGCUGCAGGUGGAAAGCCUGGAUGAAAAGGGAAACACAGUGAAAGGUCCAUGUGCUGUUACAAUAUAUGUGGAGGAUAUCAAUGACAACCCACCAGAAUUUGACCAGAUGAGGUAUACUGGAAUAGUGAGGCAGAACUCUCGUCCAGGCAAGCCCUUUGUGUAUGUCCAUGCCACUGACCGUGAUGAUCCUAGCACUCCUCAUGCACAGCUGGUGUACAACAUUCUUCAUCAUUUUCCCAAUCCUUAUUCAGAAAUGCUUUUCCAGAUUGACAGUGCAACUGGAGCAAUCUCACCAAGUAGAACGGGCUCUUAUUACUUAGAUCCUCAAAAGCAGGACACCUUCACACUCGUUGUCACUGUGAAGGACAUGGCAGGAAUGACAACGAAUGCUUUCACCAGCAGCACCGAUGUGAUCAUCACUGUGAAGGAGAGCUUGUGGAAAGCUCCCUCCAUCAUUUACAUCCAAGAAAACUCAACCCAGGCCCACCCUGUCAACAUCAGCCAGGUGCACUCAAAUGAGCAAGAUGUAAUUUAUGACAUUUUUGAAAAAGAAAAGCUGCCCCGGCUCCCUUUUUCCAUCGAUCAGAAUGGAGUUAUUUAUGUGACCGAACCAUUGGACAGGGAAGAAAAGGAUACUUAUAAUUUCUUUGUGGUCACAAAAGAUAACGAGGGAGAACUGGUGGACAAGCCUCUGGAAAUUCAUGUUUCGGUGGAAGACAUUAAUGACAAUCCCCCUGUGUGCCAGAAGGCCCUCACUGUAAUUGAAGUUCAAGAAAAUGAAGGUGGAGGAAGUAAUAUUGGCACCCUCUUAGCUACGGACAGGGAUCAGGAGGACACCCUUAAUUCUCGCCUGCAGUACAAAAUUGAAAGUCAGGUUCCUGAUGUUCCUGCAAGUAAUCUGUUCUUCAUUCAGCAAGACACUGGGAUUUUGCAGUUAACUGGCCGUUCACUAAGCAAGCGCAUUGCAUCUAACUAUUCCUUGAAAGUGCUGGUGACAGAUCCAGUAUUCCAAACAAUCUGUGACGUGCAAAUACAUGUCAUCGACAUCAAUGAUCAGAUUCCCAUCUUUGAAAAAUCAGAUUAUCACAAUGUGACUGUUGCAGAAGAUCUCCCAGUGGGAACAGUGAUACUAGAAAUUAAAGCUACCGAUGGAGAUGAGCCUGGCACAGGGAGCUCCUACAUCAUUUACCAAGUGAAGGAAGGAGAUCCAAAUAACACGUUCUUCAUAGAGACAGAUUCUGACACAAACCGAGGGUUUGUCAGGAUUAACAAGGCCCUUGAUUUUGAAACAGUUCCAGUGUACAACCUGGUGAUCAAUGCCACAAACCCUGAACCUCUGGUGUCAGGUGUGCAGUACAAUUCAAGCUCCCUUGCCCUGUUUAAAGUAUUCGUAACAGAUGUGGAUGAACCACCCGUUUUCCGUGAGACAUUUUACAAAGGAGAAGUGUCUGAAGACGUUCCUGUCAAUACCCUGAUCAUGAUGGUGGAAGCCUAUGAUCCUGAGGGGGAUACUGUACGAUACUCCUUAGAAGGUGAUGUGAGGAAAUGGCUGAGGAUUGAUUCAACCACUGGGCAGGUAUACACUGCUUCCACUUUGGAUCGAGAACAGCAAGCAAAGUACACAGUCAAUGUUGUUGCAUCAGAGCUAAAUAAUGCAGCUCAGAAAUCCAAAACAACCUUGAUGCUACAAUUACUUGAUGUGAAUGAUAACCCUCCUCAGUUAGCCAAGGGUUAUACUAAUUUCUUCUGCUACCCACUAAGUGGAGGAGAGAAAGCUCUGAUUCAAGCUACUGAUGCUGAUGAACAGCAUUAUUAUUCAACAUUCACUUUUUCUCUCUUCGAUGAUAUGAAUACAAGAAAUAAUUGGGAAAUCUCAAAAGUCAAUGCUACUCAUGCUUACCUCUCUCCGAAGCAUACUAACUUUGAAGAGAAGGUGUAUAAUGUUCCAGUAAUAAUUAAUGACAAUGGAAAACCACCUUUGGAAGGAAAAGUGAAUGUUGAAGUAAACAUCUGCAAGUGUUCAAGUGAAAAGUCAUGCUUUAUUGAAGUAGAGCGUCAGCACUCCUGGCCAACUGCUGGCCAGGCAAUUGGGCUUCUUAUUGGGGUCCUGCUCAUCAUUGGUUUUAUUGUAGGGGGUGUGUUUUUUCACAUGAAAUACAAACAAAAGAAUGAAGAGAAGAGCCAUCAGAAAGAUGUAAAGGAUAAGUCUGAACUUGAUAGGCUGGCUUAA